AUGGCAGCAGUCGCCGGUAAAGGAGAGUACGGAGAUGUGAUAAUUUCCUUAGAAAACUGUAUUUUAAGCCCAGAACACAUAGAAAAUACACCUUCAAUUAAAGAUGGAUUAGAUAAUCUUCAUCUUUAACUAAACGCUUAGCAGUCAACGCUCAUAUAAGUUUACCGCCCGUAGAACGAGUUUGAAGGAGUCCAUUCAACUAAGACCAAAAGCAACAAAUUUUGAAAGGACAUAACACUUACAAAUCCUGAAUAUGUUUGCUUUGGAACCUUCAGGUAGCUAUGGCUACAGCGCAAGUGUUGUUUCAACGCUUUUACUACAGUAAGUCGCUUGUUAAACACGAUGCUGAGGUAAGCACAUCUCUGCAAAUAAUAAUUCAACAAGAAAGUAAGAAAUUUUAGCUUAACCUUUUUAUACCCUUUCAUUUUUCCUUUACUUCCGGUCUAAAGGUUUGGACACAGAACCUCCUUUUUGGCUUUUAACCAAUUAAGGUUUUGUAAAACUUUGUAAAUGUAUUUUUCUCUUCUUUGUUGUACAAAAAUGUCAAAUUAUUCGCAAAGUUAAAGCUGCUUUAUAAUGAGCGUGCAUUCAAGCACGUGGAAAAUGUGUUCUUUUUAGUUUAAAUUGCUAAAUGCUUUCAUUUUUCCCCCUCAAAACAGUUUUUCUUCACAUUUUCGGUCCAUACAGUGUAUGUUAGUCACUUUAUUCAGUAAUAAAACCAACGAGCUAACUUGUGAAACUCUUUUUGAAUUACCCUCUUCCCAUAAAUUGCAUUUCAGAUUUAUGCUAUGGCGAGCAUAUUUCUUGCUGCAAAAAUCGAGGAAUACCCAAGAAGAAUUCGGGAUGUGAUUAACGUCUUUCAUCAUAUUAAACAGAAAAGAAACGGAAGGUAAAUAUUUGAACUUUAGUUUGCAAUGAGAUGAAACUCAGAAGUUCUCUUUGAAGAAGUGCAGUUUCUGUACUUUUAUGGAACUUCAAGAGUACAAUCUCUUCAAAAUUUCCAGGACUAAAUGGUUCGGCAAUUGGUAAACUAAACCAAAGGCUGAAACAUUUUGUUCUUAGACUUAAUCUUAGUCUGCGCCACAGAAGAAAAGUAAACAUCUGUUUAAGUCCGUCUGCGAAACAGCACUGAAAUCCUUGUUCUGGUUUCCCACCCUUGCACCAGGAUUUGAGUAUACACCAUGAUUCGCCUGUUAAAAAUCCCAUCAUUGCUGUGCCAAUCAGGUUGAAGAUAUGAAACGCAUUUCCCGGCAUUUCUGAGUAUUUUAAUGUCAUUCAAUUAAAACCAGCAGUAAUUUCGUAAGAGCAAAAUUUGCAAGAUUGAAAUACCUGAAAAUAUUUGGCUGGGAAAUUAGUUGAAAUAUUUAACCGACGGACAUUAACUUUGAAGUGUCAUCGUGUUAGUGAAAUAAAAUUUAACCCCUUGUGACAAAGUCAAAUAAACUGCUUGUCAAAAUGAAGUAACUUGGGAUUAUAAAGAGAUUUGCUUGUCAACAAGAUGUCUAUUAGUUUUAAGGUAUGUACAAGGAGCAAGGUUUUAGCCAGAAGGGUGCUCAGCCGUCUUACGGAUGACCAUUUUUGGAAGAAAUUCAAGGAAAAUUCACUUAAUCUCAUGAUUUUAAGGAAAAACAUGCCUUCUGAACGGUCAGUUUUCAAUGUCUGGCUUAAAGCCUGACAAGGAAAGUAUCUUUACUAAGACAUAUCUGUACCGGCUUUAGUUAAGAUACUGGCCAAUUUCUGUCAUUACUCUCAUUAGGGAAAAAUUGCAAAUAUGGUCCAUGAUUUUCCGCGAAAUUUAAUACUCGCGAAGUUAAGGGAGAAUAAGGUACAACACCUUAUUGGUAGUCAUGUUGAGUUGACUUAUGGAACUGAGUUAAAACUUUUUAACCUGUUAAUGUUCAGUAAUGUUGGGGGUAGGGAGAAGGAAGUUGUCUGACACUGACAAAAUAGAACAUUAACAGAAAGGCUGUUAAGUUGCCAGGUAGAUACAACUAGUAGGCAGGGAAUCAAACAGCUGGCAUUUUUUUGGGUUCUAUUUAUCUUCUAAUUUCCCACAAUAGUAGCCAGGGGUCACAUUCAUAUUAGCCAGAGGAAUUCCUUAGCCCCCCAGUCCUAAAUGAUAGCCCUGUUAUUAUCUAGGCCCUUUGCAGCUAGCCAUUUACUUGGUACAAAACCGCCAUGCUGGAGAGCCAAAGGUGCACUGGAACAAGUCAAACAAAGGAAAUUCCCAUUUAAAAUUAUGUAUGCCUUUUUUUUGUCUUUUCUCAGUGUGACUUUUGCUCUCCAGCAUGGCGGUUUUGUACCUCGUGAAUGUCUAGCUGCAAAGGGCCUAUUGGGACAGAUUUGCCUCCAAAUGUGUAUUGCAUGAAUUGAAAAUAGUCCUCUCAGGAGAGGACAUGAGCUUACAGUCAAACCUCUUUAACACGGAUACCAAAGGGUCAGAAUCUGCUUUACAGAGGUGUCUGUAUUAUAGAGGUAGGGAAUGUAUGUUUUUUGGCAUUUCUGGGACCAAACGAACUGUCCGUAAUAGAGAGGUGUCCGUAUUAUUAAAGCGUCCUGAAGGAGAGGUUAGACUGUACUGGCAAUGAAUGGUCUGUAAAAAAGCCAUGUGCUUGCAAAACUAAAUAGUUCAUUGUACAGUGACUUCUAAUUGACGUGUGCACUUUUUGUCUCUGUUUGUUACGUGCUAUAAGUGCUUUAUAGCAGGUAAGGUUGGCUUGGCAGCCAUAGGCAAAAUUAAGACUUUUACAGACUCGAUUCUUGGACUAUUCUUAUUUCUUGCUGAGUUUAAGCACAUAAAUUUCGUAAUGAGAUUACCAUAAGAUGAAAUUUUAAAAAUACCAUUUGUUUUGAAAUUAUGCAAUUUUGUGACAAUUCAAUAAAUUAUUGAAUGGUUACAUAGUAAAAGUGAGAGAUUCAUGUUUGUAUUUUCCCACAUUGUGAUUUUCAAUGUUUAAUACUACCAACUAUUAAAAAAUAUUCAUUACUAGUAAAACUCAAUCAACCGUAAACCACUUAUGAAUGGAUAGAAAUAGCAAAGAAAUUAAUUUGGCUUAACCAAUAUUGAAAAAUUAUCAUAUGUCAAAACAGAGCACAUUUUCUGCAAUAUGAUAAAAUAACUGAGCAAAAUGUCCUAUUUAACCUUUUUAAAAAGUUCUAAGAACAAUCAGUAUCAAAUUCCUCCUUUUCACAACCAGGCUUUAUAAAACAGAUUUUAAAAAAAGAGGGAUAGCAGGUAUCAAACCCAGUCCCUUCGGCUCCAAAGGUUACAUAUUUCUGCAUGUACAAGAACAAUAGAAAUGACCUUACCAUCAUUCACUCUUAUGCCAAUGAUAUCAUAGAGCGUAAAAAAUGCAGGCUUACCCCUGCAAAAAGACCUUUCAUAACCCCAAUCUUGUGUUUAGUGAUCAAGAUAAAAUUUCUCCUUGAAAUAACAUUGCUCAACCAAUCAGAGAGGCUAAGAACACCUCCCUGUACUUUGGUUUAAUGACAGUGAAGGUAUAAGAAAAGAGAACUUGUAUUUAGAAGGGUUAAUUGGGUGUGAUUAGCGGAAACCCUUUCAGAAACAAAUGCCUGCAAAAUAAGUUUAUUUGUCAAAGUAAUAGGAACAUGUCUAAUGCAUUGUUUUGGCUUAUGAGCUGACAGGAAAUUGUAAAAAUAAUAAUGAAAGAAUUGCUUUGUGAAGUAUGGCAUUUUUUUCUGACUACCUCCAACUGCAGAAGUAAUAAUUUGGUCUGGUUCAUGGUAUGAAAUGUGGGAAUUAUUAUUUAGAUGUGGUUUUAUGGGAAACUUGUAUCUCUACAAGAUAUCCAAUUUCUUAACUUUCUGACUGUAUUAAUGCAGUAUUUUGUUGUUUUCAUUAAUUUACUUGUUGUGGACAUUGUUUUCUAAAGUUCGCUUUUAAGCGUGCUUUCAUAUUAGUCCAGCUGUUAUCGACCAAAAUUGUUCACUUUUAUGAUAAAAGCAUGAAACUUUGCCAGGUUACAACCAACCCUAAGACUAACAUUUUUGGAUAUGGAGCCAAGCCAAAUUCAACACUGGACACGAGUACUGCGCAGGCCCUAAAAUGGCCUACAUGAAAACAAGGCUGUUAGUGGAAAUCCUUCAAAAAUACCAUUUUUGAGUGUUUCUGUAAAUAAAAGUCGUAGAUAUUGUGGAAGAAGACAUUUGCUUUACUGUCAUGCUUUCUUUGGUGUCACGUGACCCCUCCUUCCAAAUAUGGCGGGCUAUUGUUGGGUGUCCUGUGUUGAAGCUGCCUUCUGUGCAUUUGUGUGUUUAAAGGGGUGAGAAGGGGCACCUUUUCAAGCAAGUUCAAAUGAUAACACUCUUGCAACUAUUGUCCAAUUAUCAACAGCUGUUUUUUACCAUACAAAUGCGAAUCAUUACAUGAAAACGAUCUUUUCAGCGGUUUGAAAAGCCUCCAGUUAGCCGUGCGUGAGUCGUCUGUUAGCCGUGCGUGCAGUCAUCUUGAGUUGGAUUCAUACACCAUUGCCUAAAAGCCUGAAUUGAUCAAAAAUUGUGAUCGCACGGCGUUUUUGCAGAGUUUUUUCUCCACAGACGACAAUCGAAAGUCAUAUGACAUAGACUUUUUCCUUAAAUAUGCCAUAUUGAAGGAAUUGAAGAGCCCCCCUUUCUGAUAGUUGUAUCCUCAAGAUAGUUGUAGAUGUCACUGUAUCUUAAGAGUAGGUUGUACACCAGUUUUACCAAUGGUGAAUCGACACCAUCCCAAAGAAGCAGUUUUUAUUUCAUUUAACGAGCUCAUAGCCACAGACUGCCACGAUAUACCCCUUAGUCAAAGUUAAAACCUUUAGACUUGUAUGCCUCAGAAGUGUUGUUCCCUACACAUNUACACCUUCAAUUAAAGAUGGAUUAGAUAGAGAAGUAGAAAUUGAUUUGCGAAUCGUCAGUUGCGAGUAUAUUCAAAUGGCGGGCAUCUUGCUCAAACUUCCUCAGGUAAGUUGAUUCUGGUUUUCGUUGUUUAAAACUUUCCUGUAUUGUGAAUGUUUAGCUGAAUAUGUUUGCUUUGGAACCUUCAGGUAGCUAUGGCUACAGCGCAAGUGUUGUUUCAACGCUUUUACUACAGUAAGUCGCUUGUUAAACACGAUGCUGAGGUAAGCACAUCUCUGCAAAUAAUAAUUCAACAAGAAAGUAAGACAUUUUAGCUUAACUUUUUUAUACCCUUUCAUUUUUCCUUUACUUCCGGUCUAAAGGUUUGGACACAGAACCUCCUUUUUGGCUUUUAACCAAUUAAGGUUUUGUAAAACUUUGUAAAUGUAUUUUUCUCUUCUUUGUUGUACAAAAAUGUCAAAUUAUUCGCAAAGUUAAAGCUGCUUUAUAAUGAGCGUGCAUUCAAGCACGUGGAAAAUGUGUUCUUUUUAGUUUAAAUUGCUAAAUGCUUUCAUUUUUCUCCCUCAAAACAGUUUUGCUUCAUAUUUUCGGUCCAUACAGUGUAUUUUAGUCAAUUUAUUCAGUUAUUGAAUUACCCUCUUCCCGUAAAUUGCAUUUCAGAUUUAUGCUAUGGCAAGCAUUUUUCUUGCUGCAAAAAUCGAGGAAUACCCAAGAAGAAUUCGGGAUGUGAUUAACGUCUUUCAUCAUAUUAAACAGAAAAGAAACGGAAGGUAA